UGAAGACCCUCCAAAACCCCAGAGGAUCUUUUGACAGCCUUUCAAACAUUUUUUGGCAUCACUCCUUCCAUCAGCCCCUAAAACAGACGGACAUCAAGAUUUUCAUCAGCUCACUUCAACAGAAAUCACACAAUGAAGCUGGAAUCGCUCCUGUUCCUCGUCCUGGCUCCAGUCCUGAUUCACUGCUACUGCGACCUCCCAGCGGACUGCAGUGACAUCUAUAAAGACAAAAGCAACACCAGCGGAGUCUACACCAUCUAUCCUGUGGGAUCCACCUCUGGUGUCCAGGUGUACUGUGACAUGACUUCAGAAGGAGGCCAUUGGACGGUGAUCCAGAGGAGGAUGGACGGCUCGCAGAACUUCUACAGGCCCUGGUGUGACUACAAGACGGGCUUUGGUGCCGCUGCUGGAGAGUACUGGCUCGGUCUUGAGAACAUCUUCCACCUGACACUGAGACAAAGGUACGAGCUGCUGGUCGACAUGGAGGACUUCGAUGGAAAGAAAGUGUUUGCCCGCUACUCCUCAUUCUCCAUUGAUCCAGAGAGCUACGGAUACAAACUGCAAGUGUCUGGUUUCACUAAUGGAGGAGCAGGAGACUCUCUGACUUAUCACAAUGGAAAGAAGUUCUCCACUAUGGACAAAGACCAGGAUGCCUCAAGUAGCCACUGUGCUCGAGCUCGCCUGGGGGCUUUCUGGUUCAACAAUUGUCACUAUGCAAACCCCAACGGGAUUUAUCGACGGGGGGCUGACAGCACCAUCAGCUAUGUCGGAGUUGAGUGGUACACUUUUAAGGGCUAUCAGUACUCCCUGAAGUCCAUCAGCAUGAAGAUCCGUCCUGUGAAGUAGUUUUUCCAGGACGUCCACAUGCAGCAGAAUACUGAUCAGAAUGAAUUAGACCUCAGAUAAGUCACUCAAACAGUUUUCUCUGCUUUCUCUACUUCAGCUUUCUCUGAAUGAGUCCUGACAGCUGCAGUAGUGAGCAUUACUCUGAAUGUGAUGAUCUGCUGUGUGGUGACAAUAAAGGACAAGCUGAGCAGAAA